AGCGGCGUGCCUCCUGCGCUCUGCCCGCUCCUCUCUCACCACCUCCAGAGCGACUCUCCCGGAUCUUAUCAGGCACGAUCAGCGCUUUGGGCUUUGGGCGGUUUGGCGCAGUUUGGACCGCUUUUGGGAGCCGUACCACUCAUCGAGGAGCGAGGACAGGAGAAGCCGAGAGGAGUUCACUGCGCCCGGGCAACUCCACAGGCACGUCCCAGGUAGAGGGCGCUGUGUUGGAAGCUUCGGUGAUGAGGUGAAGGCAUGUUGGGGAUGGCCCUGGCGGACUGUAGCGCCCCCUGUGGUCACUACAUGCUGCGGCGCUGUGUGAUGAAGGCUCCGUGCGCCCUCUACUGUUGGCUGUGGGUGGUGCUGAUGUUAGGAGCCGGGUCUCUGCUGCUGAUGUCCAGACUGCACGACCCGCCUGAGCACGUCCAGCACCAAAACACAGGUGCAGGAUCCCAGUCGUUGGUCGCCCCCCGUUGGCCGAUGGAGAAGAAUGGAGCAUCAUUUCGUCCUUCCUCUGUCUCCUCUUCUCCGCUACAGCUCAGCCCCAAACCUCCGGUCACUAAACGCCACCGUAAACUCUUACUCAAACGCUCCGACUCCUCCUCCUACAGCGCCCCCUAUACUCCGGAUGACCGCGCUCUCUCUGCCAUUCAGGAGUCACGCCGGAAUAACCUGCACGAUGUCUGCUCGCGAUACCAACCCGACGUCUCCCUGGGCAGGAUGAGCCAAAGACAAGUGUCGCGCGUUUACGUGGAGGAUCGCCAUCGUUUACUCUACUGCGAAGUUCCGAAAUCCGGGUGUUCGAACUGGAAGCGCGUUUUGAUGGUUCUCAACGGAAAAGCGAGAACAACUUUAGAUAUUCCACACGAUAAAGCACAUUACGCCAACAAGCUACGGAGACUGGAAAACUACGACCGCGCUAGCAUCGCAAAACGGCUAGCAACCUACACGAAAAUACUGUUCGUACGGGAGCCUUUUGAACGUCUGGUCUCUGCUUUUCGGGACAAGUUCGAAAAUCCAAAUUCAUACUACCAUCCUGUAUUUGGACGCCCCAUAAUUUCCAAAUAUCGCGUUAAUGCUACUCGGACGGCGUUACGAACGGGAGCGGGGGUAACGUUCCGAGAAUUUGUGCGAUAUUUGCUGGACAUAAAGAGGCCAGUUGGCAUGGAUAUCCACUGGGAACCCGUGACUCAGCUGUGCAGUCCGUGUCUCAUGCGCUACAACUUCAUCGGAAAAUUUGAAAAUCUGGAAAAAGAAGCUAAUUUUUUGUUACGGAAUAUCAACGCUCCCACAAAUCUCACGUUCCCGGAUUUAAAAGACAGGAAUCCACUGGCCGAAAGGACCUCAGCGAGAAUAACGCAACAGUAUUUUGUGCAACUCAACGCGGUGGAGCGACAAAAAGUUUACGAUUUCUACUACAUGGACUAUCUGAUGUUUGACUAUCCUAAACCUUUCAAAGACCUGUACUGAAACACACUGAAGCUGGAGGUGCUCUGUAACACGGACACUAUGGGCACCAGGAGGAGGAACUGUUUUGUAUUUUUUUUCAAUAACACGUUUGUGCUUUUGAAUUCAUGAAGUUUGUAGCAAUGAUUUGGGGUUUGGAAAAGGACACAGGGGCUACACAGAGAAUAUAUGAGCAGUUUUGGUGAAUAAAACAAAAAAAAACUUGGACUUAAAGGGCCUGUACCUGUUUUUCCCAUGUAUUUAAAGGUCUUAUAUUACAUAAAAUUAACUCUUGUGAACUUUAAGUCAUGUUAUAAUGCG